AUGUCGACCACGCCCGGCACCAUCUCCAACACGCCGGCGCCGUCCCAUCCGGCCAACGAGGUGUCCAACACCCGUCUGUACCUGGGCAAUCUGCCACGAAAUGUCACCCGAUCGGACGUCGAGAGCCACUUCAACAAACAUGGCACCGGCGAGAUCCUCGACAUCAAGCUCAUGAACGGCUUCGGCUUCAUCGAGUACCGCGACGCCAUGGAUGCCCGUGACGUCGUUCCCGCCUUCCACGGCUCCGACUUUAUGGGCGAGCGCCUGACCGUGCAAUUUGCGCGUGGACGUCGUGGCGAAGGUGGCGGACCCGGCGGCGGACCCGGUGGUGGUCUGGGCGGUGGUCCUAACCACGGCCCCGGCGGCGGCGGUCUCGGCCACGGUCCCUAUGGCGGCGGCGGUGGUGGUGGUCCUGGUGGUGGUGGCUACAACAGCCACGAUCGUCCGCCGCCGCGGCCUAGACGCACAGCCCAUCGCAUGGCCAUCACGGGGCUGCCCAACGAUACCAGCUGGCAGGAUCUCAAAGACUUUGCUCGUCGCUCCGGAUUGGAAGUCGUCUUCUCCGAGACCAACCGGUUCGGUGAUGGGAGCGUCGAAUUCGAGUCCGCCCAGGAUCUGGCCACUGCUAUUGAGAAGCUUGACAACACAGAAUUCAGAGACAAGAUCGUCACAUGUUCCGUCGGCGUAAGUUUGGCCGUCUCCGAUCUCUCGGCCUCGGCCUCGGUCUGCCUGCUGACAAUGUACUCCCAGGUUUUCACGGAUAUGCCGCCUCGCGAUGGCCGCGGACGCUCGCGAUCGCCUCAUCCGGGCCGUCGACCGUAUGGCAUGCCGCCUCGCGACGACUACGACCAUCGCCGUGGCCCUCCGCCUCCGCCGCGUGGCUACAGCCCAUCGCGUCGUGGCGAGGCUGCCUAUCGCGAGAGCUACCGCGACCGCAGCCCUCCGCCGCGCCGGGAGUACUUUGACGACCGCAUGCACUACCCGACAUCGCCGCGUCGCGGCCCCGUCGAGGACUACCCGCCGCCGUCCCGCCGCUACGAUGACCCCUACCGUCGCGAGUACCCCCCUAGCGAUCCGUAUGCGAACAACCGGGCUCCUUACGGCCGUCCACCGCCGCCCCGGGACUUCCCUCCCCGUGACGUGGGAUACCCGCGUGAAGGAGGCUAUUCGCGCGACUAUGACCGGCGCUACUGGUAA